AUGUCUCGCAACUUCUUGCGCGAAGUUGAUGUUCAUGUUGGAGACCGUGAUGUCAUGAAAUUCACUUUGGAUGGUUCAUGGACUGUGGCACGACUUGGCAAGGAACUCUUCCAGUUGGUCUUUGGCACACCACCUGUGAAAAACCAGCACAAGGAGAAUGCCAUUUUUUACACCUAUGUUGCUGACAUGGAUGAUAAUUGCCGUAGUGAGCAAGAACUCACCAGAGAAGAGUGUUUGAGAAGCGAAGAUGACAGAAAGCACUGUAAGACAGUGCUUUUCCCUCGCUACAUGCUCCGCUUCAAGCACAUCACAUACUGCCUCAACAGUUCGGCUUCUUCCGAUGAAAGCGGUUCUGAUGAUGAAGUUGAGCAAGAACCGCCAUCCUCUGGCUACUCACCAAUGAUUGAACAUGCCAAGACCGCGGGGGUUGAUUUGUUUGGAGACAUGGCAGACUUCUGGCAAAAAUACAACGACUUUGACAUUGUGUGGAGCGAUGGCAAUUACAAGUCAGGUCUUCCAAUUGUCUUCAGCCUCUACAAGCACGGGUGCUUGUGGCAUCGGCUCAAUCGCAACCAACUUGAGAUGGUGAAAGCCUAUGCCGAGGCUCAAAUUCCUGAUGGUUGCGAUGAGACGACUUGGGACGAAAAGUUUGUGGCAACCGGCGACCCGUGGCUUGUCUAUGUGAAGUCUUCCAUCAACCGCUAUGCCCUUGGAAAGGACUACCGGCGCAUCUUUGAAAGCAUUGAACUCAUCUUGAACUCAAAGGACGCUUCCAGUGAGGCUUCUGACGAGGAAGAAUUCGCACUGAACAUCACGGACUACAUCAACAUUCCUGAUGAGCCUUGGGAGUGCCGUUUGCUCAGCAAGGACUACCUUGAAGACGAAACGGAUUUCAUCACCCCGCUUCACAUUGUGUUGAACAAGCACACCUGUGAGCACCUGUUGGACUUGAAUUUGUAUGACCAGACAAUUUCGGUUUUUGACCUCAAAGACUGGAUGGUUCAGAAAUUCGCGACCAUGACAGAGGACGGACAAGAAGCAUUCCCUCCUUCUGCCUUUCGCCUUGGUUGUGGCAGUCGCCUCUUGAGAGAUGAUGAGACUGUGGCUGAUGUGGCACAGGGAGAGAGCAAGAUUACCUUGAAAAUCCUUCUGGUGCUUCGUGGAGGCGGAAUUCCGGUUCAGCGCCUUGAGAAGACAAAGGCGAAGGUUGAGCAUUCCAAGAAGUCCUUGAGUGCUUGUGCCUCCAAGGUCAGCAAUGAUGUGAAGAUAGUGCCUGUGGUGAAGAAGAUUGAAGAUGUUGUCCAAGGGUUCAUGGCUUCAUUGGACACCGUAGGUGUCCAGCAGACAUUGCUGAAGUAUAUGACUGACCUUGUGAAGACUUCACCGCAGAAGGCAUCCGAGAUCGUGAAAUACCUUGAGCAAUCCACGGCAGGUUCGCCAGAGGUCAAGAUGCGCCACAUUGCCGGCAAGUUCUUCUGCUGUGAAGGCAUUAGUGAGAAGAUUGAAGAACUCAAGAUGGCGGAUGAGAGUUUGAAGUUCGCACUCCUCAUUGGAUUUCAGCGAAUGAUUUGUGAGAACAAGAGUAAGAAGGAAUACACCAUCAGUUCCUUUGGCGAAGCCUUGGACACUGUGCUCAAGAUGAGCGAUGAUGCGAUGUUGUGA